AUGACACUGGCGCUGCCGCUGCGGAUGCUUCCUCAGCUGGCGCUGCUGACGCCGACUGUGGCGCUGCUAACGCAGCUGCCGCAAGCGCUGACGCAGACGCUGCGGGCGCGCUGUUGGCGCUGCCGCAGCCGCGUUGCUCUCAAUCCAGACAAAGGGGAUGAGAAGAAGGGUGGUGAACAAACUGCAGUAAAGCUGCCUAAGAUCACAGUGCCGAAAUUCUCAGGCAAAUAUUCAGAAUGGGUCUUGGAGGAGUACCUCAGUUCGGGCCAUGCAGAAGUGGUAAAACCAAGUGAAGUGGUCAAAAAAGGAGUAGUAUAUCUACCACACCACGCCGUGGCUCGUCAAGAUAAGUCUACUACAAAGGUUCGCAUGGUGGUUGACGGAUCAUGCACCGAUUCUAAUGGAAUAUCACUGAAUAGUGAAUUAAUGGUGGGUCCUACUCUCCAACCAGAAUUGCGACAUUUGAUAAUACGAUGGCGGUGCUACUCGAUCGCUCUUAUAGCCGACAUUGUUAAAAUGUAUCGGCAGAUAAAGGUGGCUGAUGAAGACCUAGUCAACGACGAGGGUUCUGAAUUCCCAUUAGCGGUCUCUAGAGUCCUUAAUGAAUUUUAUAUUGAUGACUUGAUGACCGGCUGUCAUUCCAUAGCUGAAGGAUUAGAAAUUUACGAGCAAAUUACUGCUUUGUUGAAUCGUGGAGGAUUUCCACUUCAGAAGUGGUCAAGUAAUAGCAAGGACUUACUGAAAAUAAUCAAAAAGGAGGCAGAUGAUGUAAACCAGAAUUUGGAACUAAAAACUGACGACGUUAUAAAGAUUCUCGGUCUGAAAUGGAAUAGAGAAGCUGACGAAUUUCGUUUUACGGUCGAUCUGCCUCCUUUGCAAGCUCCUGUAACAAAACGAAAGAUGAUCUCUGAUAUUGUUCGUCUCUACGAUCCUUUGGGGUGGAUAGCACCGGCUAUCACCACAGCCAAAGUUUUUAUUCAACAGGUGUGGCUAUCCAGCGUUGAUUGGGAUAGUGAACUUCCGGAUUCAAUUCUUAAAAACUGGACGAAUUUUCGAAACAAUUUGAAAGCGCCCACGGAGUUUCGAGUACCUCGAUGGAUCCACUCCAAGAAAGACGACAAGGUAUUUGAAUUGCACGGGUUUUCAGACGCAUCUAAUGUGGCGUAUGCAGCAGUCGUCUACGCGCGCAUUAUUGAUGAACAAGGAAGAGUUCAUGUGCAUUUGAUCACCUUCAAAACCAGAGUGGCUCCAAUCAAACAAGUGUCCAUCCCACGCCUAGAGCUGUGUGGCGCGGUAUUUCUAGCCAAGCUUUUAAAUGAAGUGGCAGAUACUCUUCAAGUACCUAAAGGGAAUUUACAUGCAUGGACCGACUCAUCAAUUGUGCUAGCCUGGCUAAGUAGUCAUCCUAGCCGGUGGAAGACCUUCAUCGCAAACAGGGUAUCGGAGAUCCUCACCGAUAGAGAUCUAUGGUCUCACGUUGCCUCUAAGGAAAAUCCUGCAGAUCCUGCAUCUCGAGGAACACAACAGUCGGAAUGUGUCGAGAAUUUGCUCUGGAAUCAGGGUCCCGAGUGGCUGCAUCUGGAAGAAAUUAAUUACGAAAAAGCGAGUUGA